GUGAGACGAAAGACGCGAGUAAGUCAAGAUUGAAUCCGAAGAAAACGACGUCAGGGAAGACCAAAUACCCACCGACCAGCCCCACACUCGCUCGUCCCAUUGUCGUCCAGAGGAGGCAGCCUUCCCACAGCCACGCCCAUCUCGGCCUUGGCCUCUGGUUCCAUUCAUGGUUCAUCGCUCCAUGGCCUGAUCGCGACAUUUGGAUGAUUUUGAUUCACCCAUGGCUUCAUGACAAGCAUGUGACGAGGACUGAACCGCAUCCCUGUUAUCUGUGGAAUGCCAUCUAAUGCGUGACUGCGACUGCCUGGACCCAGCCAGGCUCAGCUUGUUGUCGGAGAAGGUCGGGGACUAUCACGACAUUAGGAUGUUAGGUCCAGUCAACUCAUUGGGCCAACCCCAUCUGUGAGAGUGACCCUCCUGUGGUGAAAUCCGAGGCCAGUGAACCUCGUGAGCCGUGAAAGUGUAUGGGGAUAAGUAUAUUAUUCAUCGAUGUGCCUGCCCCCCAAGACAUGAAUGGCUCCAUUGGUUGAUGGCCUGGUGUGUGUCAGUGAGUCCAUCGGCGUGACCUGAUAGCCUGAAAUGCCGUUCUUCAGUAAUCUGAAGAAGGUCCUCAGUUUGGGCACUGGGGAGCCGAAGAAGAAGAAGCCCAAUUAUCAGAACCUUCACUUGGAUCAGAAUCCCGAGGAGAUCUGGGAAGUGGUGGGGGAAUUGGGGGAUGGGGCCUUCGGGAAAGUGCAUAAAGUCCGCAACCGAGAGACCGAGUUGUUCGCCGCGGCCAAGGUGUGCGUUUUGGAGUCAGAGGACGAGUUGGAUGACUUCAUGGUCGAGAUUGAUAUUUUGUCAGAGAUUAGCCACAAGAAUGUGAUCAGACUCUAUGAGGCCUAUUACUACAACGACGGGCUAUGGAUGCUCAUCGAAUUUUGCGAUGGUGGAGCCUUAGACUCGAUCAUCGUGGACCUGGCCAAGGGUCUCACUGAGAAGCAAAUCGCCUACGUGACCCAUGGGAUGUGUCUUGGUUUGGAGCAUCUCCACCGAAAUGCCAUCAUUCAUAGAGAUCUUAAAGCCGGCAAUGUGCUUUUGACCAUGGAUGGCGGUGUGCGAUUGGCCGAUUUCGGUGUCAGUGCCCGGAAUAAGGACGUCAAUCAGAAGCGGGACACGUUCAUUGGAACGCCGUAUUGGAUGGCGCCAGAAGUGGUCUUCUGUGAGACGUUCCGGGAUCAACCGUACGACUACAAGGUGGAUAUCUGGUCUUUGGGGAUCACGUUGAUCGAGUUCGCUCAAAUGGAACCGCCUUAUCACGAGAUGUCGCCCAUGCGAGUGCUUCUCAAGAUUCAGAAAUCCGAUCCGCCCAAAUUGGAUAAACCUCAUCGUUGGAGCAAGGAGUUCAACGACUUCCUCACACACUGCCUCAUCAAGGAGCCUACCAAUCGUCCAACGACGGAGGAGUUGCUCAAGCACACUUUCAUCAGGGAUGCCAUUGAUCCAAAGCCGAUCAUCGAACUUUUGGCGGAAUACAAGGCCGAGAUCGUCGAAGAAGAGAUCAUAGACGAGGAUGAGAAGGAGACAACGACGGAGACCCGGGAUUCAAACAUCAGUCUCAUGACAUUGAGUAGCGAUACCACCAAUGAUUCAAAGGCUGACGAUCCCAGUAUAUCAACCAGUUUCUCCAGUGUGGAGAUGGACUCCACCACCACUGGUUAUGUGGACCGAUCUGACCGGAAGAUCUCCGCCCAUGCCACGUUAGAAACCACCCCUCAGCGUCCUGCCUUCAUUCCCACGGCCAAGCCCAUUCCCGAAGCCAAAACCAACCCUGCCCAAUCGGAUUAUCAACGAGAAGCCAGCGACAACGACUUGCGACGUCGGAACAAAGGGAAAGCCCCGCCUCCCCCGCCCAUCGUGUCGGGUCCUCGACCCUCAUCCAUGGUUUUGGACGAGCCUCGGGUCGAUUCGCCUCUGGCAAAAUCGUCCCCUCAAAGGCCCCAGAGCUCUUAUCAUCCUCAAAAUGGACCCGAGCUGAGUGUGGCCCCCCUCGCCCCAAGCCAUGUGGUUCCCACCCCGCCCAGUCCGUUGACGAAUAGCUCCGUCAAGAAGAAAGGUCGGAUCUCAUCCCCACAACGAACCCUGGAUCCCGUGCCAUUGAGUCCGGAGAAAGAGGAAAACAGCCCGGGUGGAUCUAAAGACAGGGAACUCUCACCCGAUAAGGAUUUGGCCUUGCAAACCUUGGAUGAUGUCAUCCAAGCGGCUGAAGAAACCAUGGAUUCCCUGCCUUUAGAGUCGUCUGAUGCUGAAACCGAUCUCCAUUCUGUGACCUCCUCUGAGGACCGCACUGCUCAUCUUCAAGAUAACGAUGGCUCCAGAAGUAGUCGUAGAAGUAGAGAUGACGAGGAUCACGAUGACGAGGAUGAUGAUAUCCAGGUAAUUGAUAUCGAAUCUGAAUCGUCGUCCACCAUCAUGAAACAUCACCAUCAAGCGCCUCAAGAAAGUGAAGAGGAUGAGGAGAGUGUGCAUCAUUUCAAUGAUGAAGUUGACGACGAGGACGAAGAUGAUGGCGAUCGCGGAGGGCCACGUACUCCACAAAGUGGAGACAUCGUCCGUCCAUUGAGUCCGCCCGAAUCCAGUUCCAUUGUAACUGUUUCGUCCAGUCAAAGUCCCUUGCCCAGUUCGCCUGAGCAAUCGCCCAAGAUGGCAGAACGCUCGCCCGUGGUAGGAACCAAUAACGAGGUAACCAUCGUGUCCAAUCCGGAAACCACCUUGGUCGCCACCACCCCGCACUUCAAAACCUCUACCGAAACCCCGCAGGAAAUGGAUCAGAGCGUCGACGAUGACGAUCUGACUCCUUCUCCAGACAUGAGCCACGUGUCCGUGGUAGUGGUGGGCGACGUGUCCUCGCCACGCCCUCGAGUCCUCGAUUCCUCGUCGAGAAGCUCGCCGGAUCGUUUGGCCGUGGUUGAACCCACCCACAUGGCUGGACCCAUGUCCAAAGGAGUGCCAGUAGAUCUGAGUGACUUGUCCCGAUCCAUGAGUAGUGCUAGUCAGGCCUCUUUAGACAGCAAGACCAGCUCGUUCGAUCGAAGCUCCUACAAUAGUGGGAGUGUCGGCGGUCACGUAGAAGAGACUCACCGAGAUCGGCUCAAGUCCGGCAUGACCUCCCCUACCUCCAUCAUCCUUGAAGGUUCCACCGUCACGGCCACGGAUACCGAUGAUCACGACGAAGUCUAUCCCGAGUACAUCGGUCAUGAGACGAGCAAUUUGAUCAUGGACCAGCAUAGCAACAAUGGCAAGACCAUCCAGAGUCCGUCGAGGAUUUUGAAUGGCGAAACGGAUUCGGAAGAGGAUUCCGGUGUUCAAUCCAAGUCUGAACUUACUCCGAAACGCCUGCAAGAAGAUCCCAGCCGAACGAAAAAGGUGUCGGAAAAGGUUUCCCGUCAGAUCACACCCAGUCCAACCGCAAUAUCUCCACCACCUCCGCCCAUCACACCCAAAACUCUCGCCCCCUCCAAUGGCUUAGAUAAGGAAAAUCGGAAACAACCCGAACCUGAUCCACAACAACAACAACUACAAACCCCUUUCCGCAAAACACGACGAGCCAUGUCCGAGCAAGUGAAUCCGACGUCCUCCAAUUCAGGAGGUACGCCCGCUCCCACCCACCAGUAUCGUCAACGUGAAGAUCAUGGUGAGGUUCAACUGCGACAUAAUCGAUAUCGAAAAGCCGUCCAAGAGAUCGUGCCCGAGGAAGAAGAAGUUGAACCGCCUAUUGUGCCCGUAGUUCUCCGUCGAAAAGAUGAGAAUAAGGGCAAAACACCCGACGGUGAAGCCAUCGCCAAUGGAGGUCCCAGCACUGCUACGGGUAACAAUCCGGCAAGCAAGCCUGAAAACGUGGAGAAACGCGCCACGCCCUUGACCAAAGACGAUAUUCAGCGCAUGAACCUGAAGAAGAAGACUCGGAAGCGCACGCGGAAAUUUGAGAUCGACGGGGUGAUCGUGACCACCACCACAAGCAAGGUCAUUUACGGCGAUGAGGAGAACGAGCGGUUCUACGACGAGCACUACUUCCGCAAACAGGAGCUCCGGGAGUUGAAGCUCCUCCAGAAGCAGGAGCAGAAGCAGUUUCAAGAUCUAAAUUUCAAGAACCAACUCUGCAAGGAGCAACAGGACAAGCGAUUCGAGCAGGAGAAGACCAUCCUGAUCAAAAACUAUGAGAACGAUCUUCAAUCCAUGAUCGAGCAACAAAAGAAGCAAGUGGACAAGGCCGAGGAGCAGAAGCACGUGGAUUUGAAGGUCACCUCCAAAAAGAUCCGAGCCGAGCAGGAGAAGGACUUGAAGGCCUUCCGAGAGUCCCUGAAGCAAGAGCUCAAGCUCCUGAAACAUGAAGUGGAAAUCAUGCCUAAAGAUCGCCGGAAAGAAGAGCUCCGAGUUCGCAAAGAACGCAUGGAAAAAGAACAGCAAAUCAGAGAACAAAACUUCUUGGCUCGAUUACAAGACAACCAGGAGAGCUCGCUUCGUCGCUUGAACGAUACUCACAAGGAAAAGAUUGCUCUUCUCGAUCGCCAAUUCCUCCAACAGAAACAGCAACUCAUGCGGGCCCGUGAAGCGGCCAUCUGGGAAAUGGAGGAACGACAACUCCACGAGAAGCAUCAGCUGGCCAAACGCCAGCUCAAGGACCUCUUCUUCCUUCAGAGACAUCAAAUGCUGGUCCAUCAUGAGAAGGAACUGGAGCAUCUGAAGCGCAUGAUGGAUAGGAAGGAAGAGGAACUCGUGAAGAAUCAAACGCAAGAACGCAAGGCCUUGCCCAAACGCAUUCGCCAAGAAAUGAAGGCUAGAGAGAUGAUGUUCCGUGAAUCCAUGAGAAUAUCUGUCACCAAUUUGCACGAAGCCAUGAAACCUAUGGAGGAGAAGGAUCGCCUCAAAAAGUUCCAAGAAGCUGAGAAGAAACGCUAUCGUGCUGAGCAGCAACGCUUCGAAACCAAGCAUCAACGUCAAUUGGAGGAGGCUCGCGCUGCAGCCCAAUCCUCGAUUAAGGAGUUGGAGCAACUCCAAAAUGAGAAACGGAAGAUGCUCAUGGAGCACGAAACCCUGAAACUCAAAGAGCUGGACGAAGGCUACACGCAAGAGCUCAGGGAUUGGAAGUCGCAACUCAAGCCCCGGAAGCAGUAUUUCGACGAGAGCUUAGCCUUCGAGCUCGAGGCCCAGGAGCAGUAUUAUGCCGAAGAGCGGAGGAAGUCCUCAAGUGGAACGUCGGGUUCCGAAAAACAACAACCCGAAUGGUUCGAUCUUCUCCGGAGUUCCAGCUCCAGCAAACUCUCAUCAAGCUCCACCCAAGGGGGAAGAGGAGGAGGAUCCAGCAGUUUAGUCUCCCCCAUCUCACCGGCCUUGAACGUGAUGAUCUCGGACAGUAUCUCGAUUCGAUCCGCACCCAUUUUCCGCCAGAGACCCUCGCCCCACAUUGGCCACAAGCGGACCCUCUCGGCCAUCGCCCCACCUUCCGCUGCAUUCAUGUCCAAUUCCCGCCCAACUUCCAGUAUUUUCCCAAGUCAGCUCUCACUCCUGAGCACACCCAAAACCCCGCCCUUGAGCGUCUCGCCCCGACCUCGACCCCACAGUUUGUACGUCCCAUUUCAGGGAUGCAUCGAGUCUCCGCCGUUGCCUCCGGGUAAAGCCGCUCGAGACAUCCUUAACGCUUUGUCAUUCGCCCCCACUCAUGAAAGUUACUCCAUGGACGAGCUGAAGUCCUCGCAAUGCUCUUUGGCCUCCUCCAAGUCUUCAGGAGCCUCUUGGGCCUCUUCACCUGGCUCCCUGAGUCCUAGAUAUAGCAACGUGCUGCCUUGUAUCCCGCAAUCGCCAAAAAUACGCUCACAAUCCUCGUCUCAAGUCACGUUGACCAGUGGCUUCUUGUCGCCCCCGAGCCCGAAAAAAUCGAUCCCCGGUGGAACCUAUGCCUUACCCAUUCAUUAUGGGGUUCAAGAGGUCAUGCCCAUGGCCGAAUCGCCACCGAAGGCCAAAAGCUUCUUGCCUGAAGAGCCUCGGACCCCCACGGAGCCCGUCUACAGCCCGACCAACCCAUUUAAUCAUAGCGAGAAUAGCGCCUUGCAGAUCAAGCAUCCCCCGAUCAUUCAACCACCCCCUGAUUUAAUCCAAAUGCUGACUCGGAGCCGUCCAAACCACAUCCAUACGAAUAACAACAAUCUGUCAGAUACACACCUCAUCUUGUCGCUGCCCAUGAGGUCCCCGACCAGUCCAAGAAGUUUUUCCAAGUGAUAUCAAGACGAAAACAAACACAUCUGUGAUAAUUAAAAGAAGACCAAAAAAAUACGCCAGAGCGAAAACCAAAGCGAUCUCUUUGGGAGAUUGGGCCCUGGAGGAUGAGUUCACCUAUCAAUUGGAGGAGCAGGAACGGCACUACGGCCACUAUCUCACUUCCGCCGUUGGUGCUGAAGCCGUUGUUGCCGUGGGCACGAGCGGGAAGUCGUCGGGCAAGAUCUCGGGCAAAGGAA